AUGCAGAACCCCGGGACAGCCGCAGGACCAGCCGGCCCGAGAGAAUCGGACCCCAGCCUGGCCCUGCUGACGGAGGCGGUGCUCCGCCUGACCCAGCAGGCCACCCGCGACCCGCCGACCACCGCCCCGACGAGUCGGCUCACAAAGCUAGGACCCGACGACGAUGUCGAGGCCUUCCUAGAAACAUUUGAGCAGGUGGCAACCCGGGAGAGGUGGCCAGAGGCCCAGUGGGCCAAUAUAGUGGCCCCGUUUUUAACCGGACCCGCCCAGCAGGCGAGUCAAGACCUCAACCCCGGCGACGCGGGCCUGUAUACCGCACUCAAGGCGGCCAUCUUGGCCUACUAUGGACAUAGCCUUGCUGCGAAGGCCCUCAAUUUCCACGAGUGGACGUUCGACGUCCGAGGACCCGUACGGACCCAGGUGGCCCAUCAAUGUCGGCUAGCCCGGAGGUGGCUGGUGGACGGAGCGGGACCCAGCCCCGUGGAUCGGGUCGUGGUGGACAACAUCGUGCGACAGCUGCCCCCCGACGCCCGGAGGGUGCUGGCCCACCACCACCCUGAGACCGUGGACGACCUCGUGCGCCAGCUGGAGAACUGGCAGGUGGCCCAGCGGCUGGCGGCGGGCCCGAGACCCAACCCCCGGGCCACCCGGAGAGAGACUCCGACACCGCCGUCGAGGACCCGGCCGUCCACCCCGCCCCGAGAACGAGGGGAACCCGAGACCCGGCGCUGCUACCACUGCGGACAACGGGGACACCUGGUCCGGGACUGUCCCGACCGACAGGACGUCCCCAUGCCCUCCGCGUGCACUGCCCCGAGAGACCGCCCCACCUGUAUGCUGGCGACCUGCUGGACACAGGGCGACAAGGACUCCCCCACCGUCCCCAUCAAGGUGAUGCACCAGGACACCCAUGCCCUGCUGGACACGGGGAGUGCCGUGACCCUGGUGAGGGCCGACCUAGCCGGGGGCAGACCGGGAACCCCGAUGCAGGUCUCCUGCGUACACGGCGACACCCGGACGUACGAAACCUGCCACGUGGUAGUACGCACACCACAGGGGGUCUUCGUCGCCCGGGCCGGGAUAGUACCGACCCUUCCGGUGCCGUUCCUGAUCGGCCGGGACUGCCCCAUCUUCACUCGCUUUUGGAGCCCCGUGAGGGGGAACCGAGGGGGACGGGAGCUGCACCGUCCGGCCGGCCGAAGCGGACGCCCGGCCCAGCGAGGGGUAAGGCGCCCGCCGACGCGAGAGUCCGGGUCGGAAUCCGGACCCGCCCCGACGACCGCCGCCGACCACGGACCAGCACUGGGAGCGACCCGCCGACCGACCGCCGCGCGGACCGAGACGGACGACACGCCGGGUUCCGGAGGAGAGGGUCCGUCGGCACCGGGAAGCCCGCCCCGAUCUACCGGGGACCAGGUACGCCCGGUACCGGGAGACGGAGCCGGGCCCAGCUCCGACACCGUUACCGCCUCCGAGAGGGGGAACACCCCCGAGGGGCCCGAGAGCUCCCCCCUAACUGAGCUAUCGGACUUCGCCCAGGCCGGGGGGGAGAACUCGGCCCGACCGGGACAGUUCGCUACGGCCCAGCAUCGGGACGAUGCCCUGCGGCACGCGUGGGGACAUGUGGUCGCCCACGACGGUCAGGUGAGGGACUCAGUGAGCCACCUGACCCACCCCCACUUCUGCACUCAGCGGGGGUUGCUGUACAGGGUCGACGUGCGCGAGGGGGAGGUAGUACAACAACUGGUGGUACCGCGACCCUACGUGUCUAAGGUUUUGUUCAUGGCCCACACACAUUUGCUCGGCGCACAUCUGGGCAUGGACAAAACGCGAGAGCGGGUGGUGGCGCGGUUCUAUUGGCCCGGGGUUCGUAGAGACGUAGCGCGUUACUGCCAGGAGUGUCCCGACUGCCAGCGCGUAGCCCCGCGGGCAGUGGAGCGGAGCCCGCUCAUACCGAUGCCCAUUAUUGAGACCCCCUUCGAAAGAAUAGUGCUGGACAUUGUAGGACCCCUCCCCAGGACGAGCCGGGGUCAUCGAUAUCUCCUCGUCAUAUUAGAUUAUGCGACCCGAUACCCCGAGGCCCUCCCACUGCGUGCGGCGACUAGCAAGGCGGUAGCCCGAGAGCUAGUGCUACUCUUUAGCCGGGUGGGGCUCCCAAAGGAGAUCCUCACCGAUCAAGGCUCGUGUUUCAUGUCCCGCGUAGUCAAGGAGCUACUAAAACUGUUACAGGUCUCCCAGCUCCGGACCUCGGUAUAUCACCCGCAGACGGACGGGCUAGUCGAGCGGUUCAACCAGACCAUCAAACGGAUGCUCAAGAAGAGCAUCGAGGCGGACGGGAAGAACUGGGACCAGUUACUUCCCCACGUCCUCUUCGCCAUUCGUGAGGUGCCCCAGGCUUCCACGGGGUUCUCGCCCUUCGAACUCCUUUAUGGGAGGAGGACCUGGCGAAGGAGGCGUGGGAGAGUCAUCCCUCUCCACACCGGACCACCAUCGAACAUGUGGAGCUCGUCAGGGACCGAAUGGCCAAGGUCUGGCCCAUAGUCCGAGACCACCUCGCCCGUGCACAACAGGCCCAAGCGCGCGUGUAUAACAGGGGGGCGCGCGUGCGGAACUUCCGACCGGGAGACCGGGUCUUAGUGCUGGUUCCAACCAGCGAGUGCAAGUUUCUCGCGAAAUGGCAGGGGCCGUACGAGGUGGUAGAGGCCGUGGGGCCCGUCAACUACAAGGUGAGGCAACCCGGGAGACGCAAGCCCACCCAGGUUUAUCAUGUGAAUCUAUUAAAACAGUGGCGGGGUGGGGACGACCCUCCCCUACGGGCCCCCAUGGCCUUGAUGGUUCGGCCCGCGAUCCCUGAGGUCCCGAUGGGGACCGACCUCAGCCCCGCACAGAGACAAGAACUCGGGGAGCUGGUGCUGCAGAGCCGGGACGUGUUUUCGGACGUGCCCGGGCGGACCUCGGUGAUCUCUCAUGAGAUCCGGACCGCUCCGGGGGUGACGGUUCGGAUCCCGCCCUACCGGGUACCCGAGUCCCGGCGCAACGCCAUCCGAGCCGAGGUGGAGCGGAUGCUGAAACUGGGGAGUAGACGAGCUGAUCGAGCGGCUGGGACCGGCCCGGUACCUGUCCACGCUGGACCUAACCAAGGGGUACUGGCAGGUCCCCCUGGCACCGUCGUCCCGGGAGAAGACGGCCUUCGCGAUGCCGGGGGGCCUGUUUCA